CAGUAUGACUCAUCAAGUGAAGUACUAAACUUGCAAAUAUAGACCCAGCGACAGAACUUUUCCCUGUUUCUCCUCCCUAAGCUACAAAACCUUAGGAUUCUCCACCAAGUUAUUUUUGCACAAUCACUAUCAACCAUCGAUACGUUACAAGUUGACAAGUCUUGGAUUAUUAGUCCUGAACCAAACAAUGGCAACCAUAAACCAUGCAACUCAACAUGAUGUAAUUGUAGUUAUGGUUCCUCUUCCUGCACAAGGCCAUCUCCACCAAUUCCUCGAGCUCGCCCGCCGCCUCUCCUCCGCCCAUAACAUCCCCGUUUACUACGUCAGUACCGCCGCGCACGUCCGCCAGGCUCAGUCUCGCGCCCGCGGAUGGGACCCACUUAACACCCCUAACCUCAAUUUCUCUGAAUUCUCAGUUUCAUUUGAUGUCCCUCCUCCUAAUCCUGAUGCUUCCAUCAAAUUCCCUUCUCAACUUGUCCCUGCGUUUAACUCCUCGCUCCAACUACGCGAGCCAGUGACAGAGCUCGUAAAUAACCUGUCUUCUAAGGCUAGAAAAGUAGUGGUUUUGCACGAUUUUCUCACGUCUUGGAUUGUUCAGGAUGUUCCUAAAAUUCCUAAUACCGAAUGCUACUGUUUUCACACCGUCUCUGCUUUUCUUAUAUUUUCUUACAUUUGGGAUGCAGCUAGACCACCUGUACCUUCUGAAGCUGAAGUUGUACUCAAACAAAUUCCUUCUCUAGAAGGUUGCAACUCUCCUGAAUUGGAAGAAUUUGCAAAAAAGCAAGUACAAGCUAGGGUUUUUGGUGUUGGGAAUAUUUUCAGCACGUCUCGAGUCAUAGAACAAUUGUAUUUAGAACUUAUUGAGAAAACGUACGUUAAGGAUUUUAAACAUUGGGCUCUUGGUCCAUUCAAUCCUGUGGAAAUUCCAAUUCCAACACCUGAUACUGAAAAAAGCCGCCAUUAUUCCUUAGAGUGGCUCGAUAAACAACCUGAGAACUCAGUGAUUUUUGUUUCAUUCGGAUCUACAACUUCGUUGUCCGAAGAAGAAAUCAAGGAGCUGGCGAAAGGAUUGGAACACAGUGAGCAGAGAUUCAUUUGGGUGCUACGGGAUGCUGAUAAAGGAGACAUAUUUUCUGGAGAUGUGCGGAAAUUUCAAUUGCCUGAAGGGUAUGAAGAAAGGGUAGCAGAAAGAGGAAUUGUUAUAAGAGAUUGGGCACCACAAUUGGAGAUUUUGGGACACGUGGCGACAGGUGGAUUUAUGAGCCACUGCGGGUGGAAUUCGUGCAUGGAAAGUAUUUCAAUGGGAGUGCCAAUUGCGGCAUGGCCAAUGCAUUCUGAUCAGCCGAGGAAUGCUUUGUUCAUAACUAAAGGGUUGAAAAUUGGGAUUUCGGUAAGAGAUUGGGAGAAGAGAAAUGAAGUGGUGCCGGCGGAGACUAUUGAGAAAGUUGUUAAAGCUUUAAUGGCAUCGCCGGAGGGAGAAGAGAUGAAAAAGAGAGCUACAGAGUUGAAGGAAGCUGUGAAAUUGUCAGUGAUGGAUGGUGGGAUAGCUCACAAGGAAAUGGAAUCGUUUGUCGCCCAUAUCACUAGAUAGAUUUUUAUUAGUAUUAGUAAUGGUGUAUUUCCCUCGUUUUCCUUUUCUUUUUUUAAUAACCAUGACGUUCGAAUCACUUUGUGUACGGAGUAAAUCUAUCCAUUAAGAUUUAACCAAGUUGAA